AUCUCAACUCAACGUGGGAUCCUGAUUCGAUUCCACCGGCCUUCCUUAUUCGGUACCAGAACAUUCCCUCACUUCGAUUCACCAUUUCUGUAACAACACUCGUCAUUCUCAGUUAUUCGAUUUUAGAGAGAGAGAGAGACGAGAAGGAAAGAUGUUCAAGAAGGCGGUGGAGGCAAAGACACAGCAAAGACUGUCGGGCGCAGACCGUAAGAAGUUGAAGAGAACUAUCAAAGAACGAUUUCCCAAUGCAUCCGAUGCCUAUAUUGACGCCUUACUCCCUCCUAAGGUAGAGAUAACAGUUUCAAAGUUCCCAAAUCGAGUCCAUGUUUAUAGUUUGGAGGCUGGCUUCCCAAUGUUUUUUGAUGUUGAUGGUCGAGGCACUGAAGUAUUUCCCACAGUUUAUGCUCUCUGGAUGGUCCCUGAACUCUUGCCUGCAUUUAUGCUGAAAGGGGGUGAGGUUUCUCGUUUUAUCAUUGGAGGAGCAGAUGUAAUGUUCCCUGGCAUUUAUGUACCCGCAGACGGUCUACCAUCAUUUGCAGUCGGGGAACCAUGGGCAGUGAAAGUGCCUGGCAAUCCGGCUCCAAUUGCAGUUGGGACUACCACCAUGAGUAGUACGGAGGCUUUGAAAGCUGGUUUGCGUGGCAAGGCAUUGCGAAUAACUCAUUCCUACCGAGAUACACUUUGGGCAUCAGUUGAAGGUUAUUGUGUUCCUAAUGCUGGUUUUCUAGAAGAUGUUGUGAUUGAGGAUCCUUCUUUAUCAUCUGCUUCUCAGACUUUUGAUUCAUGCGAAGUUGAUGCUUCAAUUGAUCAACAGAAUGACCUCAACAGUGAAGUAGGGGAGGGUAGCAGUGUUACAAAUGCUCACUCUGACCUCGAUCUUUCUUCAACCACGCACAGUGAUUCGAAAAAUGAUAUCUCCGAUCAAUUCGUUGCGGACGUGGCUGUUUUAAAAGUAACAGAAAAUGUUUCAACUGAUGAAAAAAAUGUUGAGGACCAGCAUACUCUGUCUACUGAGGAUGUCGAUGAAAUUUUGGACAAAUGCCUUCUACAAGCGUUGCACACGACUGUUAAUGAUAAAGACCUUCCCAUUCCUGGAAGUACAUUAUGGUCGAGUCAUGUCCUACCCUGUAGGCCUUCAGGUAUCACCCUUGAUAUCAAGAAGUCGUCAUACAAGAAAUUGUCGAAGUGGUUACAGUCUAAAUCAUCUGCAGGACUGAUAUCGGUAAAGGAAGAUAAACAUAAGAAAGAGGUUACACUAGUUUCUAUCAACCGUAGCCAUCCGGACUAUUCAACCUUCAAGCCUGAGAAACGGAAAGUUGAGAAAAAUGAGCAAACCAUGGAUUCCAGUCCAAAUGAAGGGCACUUCCACAAAGUAGUGGAAGUGAUAGAGAUCUAUAAACCAAGUGUGCAUGUGAAUCCCAUUUUUGCUUCUGUAGGAGUUGAUAUGGGGCAACUUUAUAUUGCCUCAGAAGCCACUGAUGUUGUAUUUAGGUAUAUUGAGCAAGAAAACCUAGUUAAACCAACAAACAAGUCCAUUGUGGUUUUGGAUGCUACACUUUGUGAUGGUUUGUACAAGGGAACCAUCAAGAAAGGUUCAACUUACCCAACUGAAAUUCAUAAGAAGGAUUUAGGGCCUACGUUUAUUAGCCGAAUGCAAGCACAUCACAGAGUUACUAGAGGAAAGGAGUCAGUUGUCCGCAAAGGUGCUCUGAAGACCAUCCAAUUAAUGACAGAGCGGAGGCAAGGUAACAAGAAAGUGACAAAACUCUCAGGGUUGGAGUCAUUUUUGCUGGAUCCUGAAGCAUUGGCAUCAGAGCUGCAGAAGAAAUUUGCUUGUAGUACAUCAGUGGCAGAAUUACCAGGUAAGAAGGGGCAUGAAGUUCUUAUUCAAGGGGGUGUGAUUGAUGAUCUUGGAAGACAUCUGGUUGAGCAAUAUGGAAUCCCGAAGAGAUAUAUCGAAGUUCUUGAUAAAACCAAGAAAUGAGAAUUGAGGUCAGUUUCGGCAGUGGUCCUUCCAUUUUCUGGUAGAACUUGGAGUUUUGUUGUGAUUUGGCUUCCUUUGUUGAUUAUAGAAUUGCCGCCUUUAGCAAUCUACGAUCCUAACGUAAGGUUUCCUCUCUCCAUGACCAUACAUUACCAUUUCUUCUUUUGAUAGAGAAACUCUCAAAAGAAAUCUGGUCCAAGGCAUAGCCUCAUACGUAAGAUAAACGGGCUAGUCGUUAAGUUGUAUUUUUGGUAUGUGAUUACGAAGAUAUGGUUUGUUGGAAAUCUGAACAGCCAGGGAAAAGUGAAAGAGCAGGCAAUCCUAAACCUCAA